UUAAUAAGAUAACAUUUUAUAUAAAAACUUUGAUACAGUACAAUAAAAACAAUUAGUCGCAGGACGAAAUACUCGGAAAGCCUAAUUGCAACAUGAAAUACUUCGCAGUCUUCGCCCUCAUUGCCGCGGCUUCGGCCGCCGUGCUGCCGCCCGCUGUGGUGGUCAACAACCCUGAGAUCCAGGAAAUCCUGGCCUCCAUCCAGAACCCGAGCACCGACCCCGCUACUGCCGCCGCUCUCGAGCAAAUGCUCCUCGAAGUCCUCGGCAUCGCCAAGCCUGAGCCCAUCCACGUUGGACCCGCUAUCGUUGACGAGUACGAGCCCAUCCACGUUGGACCCGCUAUUGUUGGCGAGCCCAUCCACGUCGGACCCGCUAUCAUCGAUGAAUACGAGCCCAUCCACAUUGGACCCGCAAUUGUUGAUGAACAGGAGGUUGCCCCAGUCAUCCCUGCUCCCUCUGCUCAACCCCCACUUGUUCAAAUCAUCUUGAAGAUCAACGCCCCUACCAACGUUCCUGGCUCCCCCGUUGUCGUAGAGACCAUCCCCCCUGCGCCCACUCCCGUGCAAGUUGUUGAGGAGGUCGCAGUCGCUGAGCCAGCCAUCGUUGGCCCACCCUCUCCCGUUGUCGUUCUUCCCGACACUCUUAACUAAGCAUAAACAAAACUGUGUUAAAAUACAAUACACAUACGACAUGCAAAAUACCAGAAUUUGUCAAAAACAUUUUGUUUUUUAAUGCAAUAAAGACGUUAUCAUAAAAAA